AUGGAAGCACUGACGCGGCAACAGGUUCGAGAGUUCCACAACGCCACCGAGUGCCACAUCUGCCAGAAACCUCUAUUGAGCAGCGACCGAGUGAGAGAUCACUGCCAUCUGACGGGCAAGUACCGCGGAGCAGCGCACAACGAGUGCAACCUGAACUAUCAGGACUCGAGGACCGUGCCCAUCGUCUUCCACAAUCUCACCGGCUACGACUCGCACUUCAUCAUACGGGAAAUCGCCACAUGCUUCCCCGGUCCAGUCGAGGUCUUGCCCGAGACGAAGGAACGCUACAUCUCGUUCACGAAGCACGUUGCCGGCAGCGAUGUGAAGUUUCGCUUCAUCGACUCGUUCCGCUUCAUGGCGUCGUCGCUGGAAAAACUAGCAUCGGACUUGAGUGAGCUGCGGAUCGUGAGGGGAGAAUUCCCCCACCUGUCCGAUGAGAAAUUCGAGCUGCUCACGAGGAAGGGUGUGUUCCCCUACGAGUACGCCGACUGUGUGGACAAAUUGCAGGAUAUCGAGCUACCACCGAAAGCGAGCUUCCACAGUUCACUGACGGGCAGCGACAUCUCGGACGCGGACUACGAGCACGCCAAGAGAGUGUGGGACGAGUUCGAGAUCCGGAGCUUGGGCGAAUACUCGGACCUGUACUUGAAAACGGAUGUGCUUCUCCUUGCCGAUGUCUUCGAGAACUUCCGCAACAACUCGGUCGCAGCAUACGGCCUGGACCCCGCCCACUACUACACACUGCCAGGCUACUCUUGGGACGCGAUGUUUAGGUACACCCAGGUCCAGCUAGAACUCCUCACCGACCCCGAUAUGCACCUCUUCAUCGAGCAAGGAAUACGCGGGGGUAUUAGCCAGUGCUCCAACCGAUACGCCCGGGCCAACAACAAAUACAUGAGCGACUACGACGCCAAUGAGGAGGCCAAGUAUCUGAUGUACUUCGACGUGAACAAUUUGUAUGGCCGAGCGAUGAUGGAGUACCUGCCGCAAGGAGGCUUCGAGUGGUUCACCGGCCAUAACGUCGACUUCCUCAAUGUGCCGGACGACUCGCCUGUCGGAUACAUCCUCGAAGUGGAUCUCGACUACCCGGAGAAUUGUCACGACUCGCACAAAGACCUGCCGCUGUGUCCCGAGCACAAGAGCGCCCCCGGCUCGAAACAGAACAAGCUCAUGACUACGCUGGAGCCGAAGAAGCGCUACAUCCUCCACUACCGCAACUUGAAGCAGGCUGUGCAGCAGGGGAUGAAACUCGUACGCGUCCAUCGCGUCUUGAAGUUCAGACAGUCCGCAUGGCUACGACCCUACAUCGAGCUGAACAGCGAGUUGCGAAAACGGGCGCGGAAUGAGUUUGAGAAGAAUCUCUACAAACUCAUGAACAACGCGGUGUUCGGCAAGACGAUGGAGAACGUACGCAAACACGUGACUGUGAAGCUGGUGAGGAAGUGGGGUGGGCGCUACGGGGCCGAAGCACUCAUCGCCAAGCCGAAUUUCCAUAGCUGCUCCAUCUUCGGGGAGAACCUCGUGGCGAUUCAGCUCACGAAGACGGAGGUUUAUCUCAAUAAGCCGAUCUACGUGGGGCUGAGCGUGCUAGACCUAUCGAAGAUCCACGUAUACGACUUCCACUACGAGUACAUGAAGCGGGAAUUCGACGAUCGAUGCAAGCUCCUCUACACCGACACCGACAGCCUGCUCUACGAGAUUCGCUGCAACGACAUCUAUGCCAUCAUGAAGCGUGAUAUUAAGCGAUUCGACACGUCCGAUUACCCGUCGAACAACCGGUUUGGCAUGCCACUGGCCAAUAAAAAGGUGAUCGGCCUUAUGAAGGACGAGUGCAACGGCCGCAUCAUGACCGAGUUCGUGGGCUUGCGCAGUAAGAUGUAUUGCGUCCGUGUGGAGGGGCGUGAUCGCAUCAAGAGGGUCAAGGGCGUGAAGAGGAGCGUGGUCGAGGCGAGCAUCACAUUCGACGACUUUCUGCGAUGUCUCCGAGACAAAAAGGCGCAGCGACGAGUGCAAUGCGUAAUCAGAUCACGCUUGCACAAUGUGUUUACGGAGAGGCAGUCGAAGGUGGCGCUCAGUGCUCACGACGACAAACGCAUUCUUCUACCCGACAGCACGGACACGUUGCCAUGGGGGCAUUUCAGGGCCCAGCCACCACCACCAUUGCCACCACCACCACCACCACCACCACCACCGCAGCUACCACCACCACUACUGCCACCACCACCGCCGCAGCUACCACCACCACCUGCGCCCUGA